AUGGAGCGGCUCCUCCGCGCCAUGAAGGAGGAAUCGUCGGCCACCCGCAUGCUCUUCAGCGACAGCAUCGGCUCCUUCGGGGGCGCGGCGCCGCGCGAGGACGCGACGGCGCGGUGGCUCGCGGAGCACCCCGAGCAAGACCCCGGCUCCGACUACGGCCGCCAGAAGCGGGGCUGCCGCGAGCUCAUGAAGGAGUACGCGACGGCCCACGGCUUCGACUGCCGCUGGGCCGUGAUCCCGGGCGUGCUCCACGAGGACGCGACCUGGGGCGGCGGCACGACGGAGUACGCGCUCGACGCGAUCCGGUGCGCCGCGGAGGGCGCGCCCUUCGCGUGCCCCGUGCCCGUGGACGCGCGCCUGCCCAUGAUCCACGCCGACGACCUCGUCGCGGGGCUCCUGGCGCUCAUGGACGCGCCGCGGGAGCGCCUGACGAACCCGGAGGCGGGCUACGCGCUCGCGGGCUUCUCCUUCGCGGCGUCCGAGCUCUUCGCGCAUCUGGCGACGCUCGCGCCGGGCUUCUCGCACACCGUCGCCCUCGACCCGGCCGCGGCGGCCUUCGCGGCGCUCUGGCCCGACCGCCUCGGCCAGGCCGAGGCCAUCGCGGACCUGGGCUUCGUCGCCGACAUCGCCUUCGAGGAGACGGUCGACCGCAUCUUCCAGGCGCACCGGGCGCGGAAGGCGGCGGCGGAGGCUCCUUCGGAGCCCGCGGCGGAGGCUCCUUCGGAGCCCGCGGCGGAGCCCCCUUCGGAUCCCGCGCCGGAGGCAUGA